GUAAUCAACAUGGUGAACGUAUUGAGUAAGAUUGCAGUGCGAUUGCCGGCUUUAAACUCUAAAGCCUCUGGAAUUGCUGUAGCAGCAGUUGCUGCCGGAAUUAUUGUGCUGUGGAAGAAAAAGCUUAACGAGCUGAGUGAUAAAAGAAAAGAUGUGACUGGUGAUUUGCAUAUUACUUUAGAGGAGGAAAAACAUAAAAAGAAAGGAAAGGCUGCAGUUGAUGGUGUGUUCUUUAGACAACUGCUAAAGAUUUUAAAGAUUAUCAUUCCCGGAUGGCUUUCACCUGAGAGUGGUUACCUAUUACUUGUUGCUGUAUCUCUGAUAGCUCGGACGUACUGUGAUGUGUGGAUGAUAAACAAUGGGACAUCAAUUGAGAGGUCCAUUAUUGGUGGUGAUUUUGGAGGAUUUAAAGACAAUCUCCUUGCACUGGUUUAUGCCAUGCCAUUUAUAUCUGUAAUAAACCAACUUUUAAAGUUUGGAUUAAGUGAACUGAAGUUGAGGUUCCGCACAAGAUUAACUCUUCAUCUCUAUGAAAAGUACCUUAGCUCUUUUACUUUCUACAAAAUGAGCAACUUGGAUAACCGGAUCGCAAAUGCAGAUCAACUUCUGACUCAGGAUGUGGAUAAAUUUUGCAACAGUCUUGCUGAACUAUACUCCAAUAUAAGUAAGCCUUUACUUGAUAUAGCCAUAUACGUACAGCGAUUGGCUGGAGCUAUUGGCAUACAGGGACCAGCCAUAAUGUUGGGAUACUUAGCUUUCUCAGGACUUCUGUUAACAAGAUUACGACGACCAGUUGGUAGAAUGACAGCUGAUGAACAACAUCUUGAAGGAGAGUUCAGAUAUGUGAACUCAAGGCUCAUAACAAACAGUGAGGAAAUUGCUUUUUACCAAGGAGGGAGAAGGGAAAAACUUACGAUUGAAAGUACAUUUCACAAGCUGGUUGAUCAUCUGAGAAGUUUCAUUCAGUUUAGAUCUAGUAUGGGAGUUAUUGACAAUAUCAUAGCCAAAUAUAUAGCUACUGCUGUAGGAUUCUCAGUUGUCAGUCGUCCUUUUCUGAGUGCAUCAAGCACAAGGCAUAUCAAUAGCACACACAGCGAGAGAAUGGAGGACUACUACAGAAGUGGCAGGAUGUUGGUGAAAAUGGCGGAAGCAAUUGGUCGCUUAGUGUUGGCGGGAAGAGAGCUAACCAGACUGGCCGGGUAUACUUCCAGAGUAUCAGAACUAAUGACAGUGCUAAAAGAUCUGAGUAAAGGAGAAUAUCAACGAACUAUGAUCAAUCAGUCAAGUCCGCAGUUAAAGGGAGAAAGUGAAAGUCAAGAUAAUAUUCCAAGGAGCUCUUUGGUUCCAAACCAAGGCGAAAUAGUUGAAACUGAUCACCUAAUCAGAUUUGAACAUGUUCCUCUGGUUACACCCAAUGGAGACAUUCUUGUGAACGACCUUUCGUUUGAGGUUCGCUCUGGCAUGAAUGUGUUAGUUUGUGGGCCAAAUGGAUGUGGAAAAAGUUCACUGUUCAGGAUUUUGGGAGAGCUAUGGCCGCUGUUUGGUGGUAAAUUAGUAAAACCAAACAAGAGCAAGCUUUUCUAUGUUCCACAGCGUCCUUAUAUGGCCCUUGGGACAUUGCGGGAUCAGGUGAUUUAUCCCGACACCGUGGAAGAUUUGCACAGGAAAGGACUUACGGACCUAGACCUUGAGGAUUAUCUGAAACAGGUUCAUCUUGGUAAUAUUCUUGAGCGUGAAGGGAGCUGGGAUUCGAUCCAGGAUUGGAUGGAUGUUCUGAGUGGUGGUGAGAAACAAAGGAUGGCAAUGGCUCGCCUUUUCUACCACAAACCUCAGUUUGCGAUUCUAGAUGAAUGCACAAGUGCUGUUAGUGUGGAUGUGGAGGGAUUCAUGUACACUCGCUGUAGAGAGGUUGGCAUCACAUUAUUUACUGUCUCGCAUCGGAAGUCGCUGUGGAAAUACCACGAGUAUGUUUUAUACAUGGAUGGCAGAGGCGCGUAUGAGUACAAACCGAUUGAUUCUGCUACUACAGAGUUUGGUUCAUAGGCGUCUUACUGUGACCUCGAUACUCAUCACCCGUCGAUCAACAGCUACAAAUACUCUGGCAUUGUUCUUGCUCGCACUGCACACUCUGAACACUGAUCGAUCCAUCAAUUUCUAUCCCAUAUCGCGCUCAGCAAUCAGUUAUGCUGUCCUUCUCUACAAGUCUGAACUGCCUCUUCUUUUCAGGCUUUUUUUAUUCUGUAGUGUGCGCUGGUUUUAGAGGCCCAGAACUUUUGAUUCAUUGAAAAUCUGGGUUAUUAUAUCAAGGAGAUCAUGACUUAUCAAUAUCGCAAAUUCCCUGACUUUGGUGAAACUGCUCUAACCAAGAAAUAUACACGUCACAUGUUGUGUCACCAUAUCUGGCAGCCUGAACAUGCAGAGAAAGAUUCUGCCUCGCUUAUCUGAUAACUAAACAAGAGGUGUUUGUUGAAUCGAGUAUUUUAAAAAAAUUAUUACCCCUAGAUAUUUUAACUUUGUAACACACUAGAAUGUUUAAUGGCGUUACGCCAAAAUAUGUUUUAAAAAGACUUCUUCAAAGUAUUACACUGACUUGAUAGUUAAAGUUAAUCUUUUAAUAAUUGGUGGAACAAACACAAUUGUUGUAAGUCAGCGAUAUUUUUCCGUUCUUGUUGCUGUUAGGCACAGAAUUACAUCUGCAAGCUGUGCGUUUUCGUUCGUGAAUCUCGACUGAGUGUUAAAAGUUUUUUCAGGAGAUCCUGUCAGGAGCAGGGCUUUGGAGAACUCCUUUCAUUCAAUUGGUAUGUAACAGUCGUUAUUCCUCGGGCAAGAAGCAUCCUAUCAAAACUACAUAGGAGCGCGAAGGGUGGUGACUUUGAUUUGUUAUUGGCGCCGGCCAUGUUUGAAUAGUAAUGAAGACACAGAAGUUGCCGUUUUUAAUUUGAGAAAUUUUCCAUACAGUUUGGAGUUAUUCAGGACUGUACUUCCUAUUCGGUGGUUUAAUGUAUUUUACAAUGUGAUUACCUUUUAUAGCAAACUAAACCCAACACAUUUGUCGUUAAUGGCAAGGGAUAUUCACGCAUUAUUGACUUGUCAAACAGGUUCAGCUAGAAAUUAAAGAUGGCGGACUCUGGUAUUGAUA